ACGCCAGGCCGAGCAGACCCAAGACAGGCAGAGAGAGGAGAGACACACACACACACAGAGAGAGAGAGAGAGAGAGAGAGAGAGAAAGAGAGAGCAGCAGAGAAAGAAAAAGUAAGUGACUGUCGAGAGGACCUGAUCUUACAUCUUGGAAGCUGAGGAUUAUCUGAAACUCCAAAAGGACAAACACACGUUUUACCCUGUCUCUUCUAAGGCUGGACUGUCCGCCACUGCUGCUCACACUUCUUUUGCACAGAAAGGAGAGGGGAGGAGGGCGGCUUGUCCAACAUGAACGUCACCUCGCUCUUCUCCUUCACCAGCCCGGCAGUCAAACGGCUGCUGGGUUGGAAGCAGGGAGACGAGGAAGAGAAAUGGGCAGAAAAGGCCGUGGAUGCUCUGGUUAAGAAACUGAAAAAGAAGAAGGGAGCCAUGGAGGAGCUGGAGAGGGCCCUCAGCUGCCCAGGUCAGCCCAGUAAUUGUGUGACAAUCCCCCGCUCCCUGGAUGGACGGCUGCAGGUGUCCCAUAGGAAAGGUCUUCCCCAUGUCAUUUAUUGUCGGGUGUGGCGCUGGCCCGACCUGCAGUCCCACCACGAGCUGAAGGCCCUGGAGUGCUGUGAGUACCCCUUUGGCUCCAAACAGAAGGAUGUGUGUAUCAACCCCUACCACUACAAACGAGUGGACAGUCCAGUGCUGCCCCCUGUGUUGGUACCGAGGAACAGCGAGUUCAACGCCAAGCAUACAAUGUUGCCUCGCUUCCGCAACCCUCUACAACAGAAUGAGCCGCACAUGCCGCAGAAUGCCACCUUCCCAGAAUCAUUUGCUCAGGCCAACACAAUGCCCCCCAAUUUCCCCAAUUCGCCGGGAAACAGCUACCCAAACUCGCCAGGAAGCGGCAGCAGCAGCGCCACGUUCCCUCAUUCACCAUCCAGCUCUGACCCCGGCAGUCCAUUCCAGAUGCCAGAGACUCCCCCUCCCGUCUACAUGCCCCCAGAGGAGCAGAUGACUCAGGAUUGCCCCCAGCCAAUGGACACCAACCUCCUGGCUCCACCUUUGCCUCUAGAGAGUAACAACCGGCCAGAUGUGCAGCCCGUGGCCUAUGAGGAACCCAAGCACUGGUGCUCUAUUGUUUACUAUGAGCUCAACAAUCGGGUUGGAGAGGCGUUCCAAGCGUCCUCCACCAGCGUGCUCGUUGAUGGCUUCACAGAUCCCUCCAACAACCGCAACCGAUUUUGCCUCGGCCUGCUCUCCAACGUCAACCGCAACUCCACCAUUGAAAACACCAGGCGGCACAUCGGCAAAGGUGUCCAUCUGUAUUAUGUUGGUGGGGAGGUGUAUGCAGAAUGUCUGAGUGAUAGCAGUAUCUUCGUCCAGAGUCGUAACUGUAACUUCCACCACGGCUUCCAUCCAACAACUGUCUGUAAGAUUCCCAGCGGCUGCAGCCUGAAAAUCUUCAACAACCAGGAGUUUGCUGAGCUGCUGGCCCAGUCCGUCAACCACGGCUUCGAAGCCGUUUAUGAGCUCACCAAGAUGUGUACCAUCCGCAUGAGCUUCGUUAAAGGCUGGGGAGCAGAGUACCACCGCCAGGAUGUGACCAGCACACCCUGCUGGAUUGAGAUUCACCUGCAUGGUCCCCUGCAGUGGUUGGAUAAGGUGCUAACCCAGAUGGGCUCCCCCCACAACCCUAUAUCCUCCGUCUCAUAGGUUUCACUGUCCUCAGCCCCAUAGCUGUCCAUACCCCAGCAUUUUGGUCUAAGUAGCAAGAAUAGGGUCACAGAUUGGCUUGUGGCUCAGCCAGUCUGCCUUUUCAGAUAACGGAGGUUUUGACUGAAA